AUUAGAAGAACCUAGGCUGCAUUGAUAAGAGUAGUUAAUGACUCUAAACUCCAUUAGACUAAAAUUCAUGUUCCCGACGAAGUUCCCCAGAGAGUGUGCGUGCAAUUUCCUUCCAACGUACGACAAUGCUAACACUACAAGAAAUUACGAUGCUGCAGCAGCCUAGCGGAAUGUUUGCAGGUCCUCCGUGUAAAUUGAUCCAUGUGCCGGGAAGGAUAAAUGCCAGUAUAUCUUCUAAUUCGCAAGGAAUGAACAUGGAGAUGAUCCAGUCGCAGCAACAGGAGGAUAAGCAGUUGAGCAAGUUGAAUGAAGACCUGUGUUUGCCUUGUAAAGUGUGUGGGGACAAAUCGUCCGGCUUCCACUACGGGGUGAUGGCUUGUGAAGGCUGCAAGGGCUUCUUCCGUCGUAGCAUCCAGAAAAAGAUUGAAUACAAAUGUCACUUUGCUGGUAACUGUCCAAUAGAAAGAAUUAAUAGAAACCGGUGCCAGCACUGCAGGUUUAAAAAAUGCCUUGCUGUAGGCAUGUCCAAGGAUUCUGUACGAAUCGGGCGUUACUCAAAACAAAUCAAACAGCACCACAAAGAUGAGAUCACACGUUUACGAUCUCGACCCGAAACUCAGGAGGAGAAAGAGGCCCGUGAGCAGCGAGAAAUUGAACUAUUCACGCUCAGUCAGAAGGUCUUGCAGGCUUAUGAAUUAACAUGCCUUUACACGCAAAAGAACACGGAUAGAUUACUACAAGCAAAACAGGAGUAUCUUAAUAAAUUUCCUGACAAGUCGAAGAUGGGUUUACCACAUAUUGAAGGUUGUGUCUUAUCAACAGAGGAGAAGUCGUCGGAGAAGAAAACAAUUUGGAGAAUGUUUUGUGAAGCAAUUACACCAUGUGUUCAAAGAAUUAUAGAAUUUGCCAAAUGUUUACCCGGGUUCCAGACUUUACUACAGGAUGACCAAAUGACACUAUUAAAGCAAAGCUUCUUUGAAGUCUGGCUCAUUUACAUAUCACGGAUGAUCAGUGAUUCAGACGACACCAUCGGUAUCCGAGAAGACGUGGUUUUCACGCAUGAGCAGCUGAAUAAGAUGGGAAUGGCGGAUCUUUGGCGGCGGGUGUUUGAGUUCAGUACUACUUUCAAAUUGCUUAAUUUAAGCGACAUGGAAAUAGCGUUGUUCUCCGCUGUUGUUAUAAUGAGUGGCGAUCGUGCUGGCCUGAAAGAUGCAAGACAAAUUGAAAUCCAACAGGAAAAGUUUAUAGAAUGUCUACGACGUGAGGUUACGAGACGCGAGAUGAAAACUCAUCACACAUUUCCACGAUUACUCAUGAAGAUGACCACUCUAAGAUCUAUAUCGGCAUUGCAGACGGAGAAGAUGAUAUGUUUCCGUCUUGCCAGUCCGCAGGUCGAGAUUCCAUCCCUGUUAGCCGAGCUGAACGAUGUAACACAAGAAGAGUUACCGCUCAACAUAAACCUACAAACUAAUGGUAAUGCAAUACGAAGCAGGUUGCAGAAACGACCUCACGACAUAAGCGAGCAACUGCCAUUAACGAAAAUCAUAAAAACGGGAGGACUAUUCCAGCCUCCUAUGAGUAUCUCUGGUACGCGUACAACACCUGUGGAACUGGCUACAGCAAUUCACUCAUAAACAUUGAUUGGUCAAAGCGUUGCAUAGCAACUUGACCCUUUCAAAUGAUUGGUUAGCUGGUGGUUAUAUAAUUGUUUUAACUGUAGUGUGUAUAUCAACUAUUUGGGAUGAAUUUGUUGAAUAAGUGUCUUUUCUCUGGGACUUUUAUGCAUAUCAUGGGUUUUCGUUUUGGACCUUAAUUUUUUUGGAUUUAUUCUGUUUUUGGAACUUUAAUCGAUUGUGUUCCUGAACACAAAUGUAUAGACUUUUUUAAUCUGAUUGUAAACAUUUCAAUAAAUUUCAUGUCAGGAAUGAUCCCUGGUAAUACAAUCAAAUGAACUAUGAAUUAAUAUAUUGUUAUGAAUUAAUUAUCAUUGUAUUACUCAUUUCAAGAUAAACUUUUACAACUAAUAUAAUCUUAUAGGCCAAACAUCUAUUGUGUUCUCUAAGCGAGUAUGCAAAUUAUUGCCAAAUUUUAAACUUGCCAAGGUACUUAACAUUUUGAGGCUUCUUUCUUGGAUUUAAACAGGGUUUUUAAUCUUUGCUAAUCAUUUAUAUUCUCUUGUAGUCUUUCUUAUUUUACCUUAUCUCUUGUUAGUUUCCUCAGAUGAUGAAAGCAUAUCAGUUUAGUAUGAUUCAGUUGCUUCCUGAGAAACAAGUGGUUUUUUUUCCAUUUUUUAUUAUUGUGGGCCAAUAUUGGUGCUGUGAAAUAAGACACAGUUUUAAAAUUUUGUACCUUUUAACUUAUUAAUUUGCUAUGAACUUAUCAGUGUAUUGUAUAGAGGGAAAUAGUUUACCUGCGGAGGAUAACAGUACCACAUGAUGUAUAGUUAUCAUAUCAAAUUUGUUAAUAGUUUCCAAAUGGACUUCUGGAAAUAUAUGUGUUGUCCACAGCUUCUAAAGUUU